AUAAAUCAACAAAAGUAGCCAACUCUCGAGUAGCUCAGUUCAGUGAAUCGUGGGCAGUGUGCAGGUAUGAACGUUGAGUUCGCGGUCCAGUAAACAAAGCUCGUGUUGCGUGAGUGUGGUACCAGUCCGGUCGGUUAUCAUGACAAAUUCAGUGAAUUCACGUUACAUCGAAAAUCUGUACAACGAUGGGGCGACAAAGCCGAUCGAUGAUGACGUUAGUACGUAUGAGAUCCAGCUUCCUUCGUGGUACGACGAGGCCAAAUUUAAACGUGGCCAGCAGUUCUACCAAGACAACCGGCCGGGAAUCGUGACGGCUGCCCUGUGCGGCCUGAUCUCGGUACUGGCCAUCCCGUCGAUUCUGGAGAUCCUGAUCUUCACCCGACGCUCCUCGUCGCCCAUGACGGCAUACAAACGCUACGUGCUGACUAUUUUGCACACCACCAAUUGGUAUGAUGAAGAGCUUAAGCCCGGAUCGAAAUCAUGGAAGUCGCUGGAGUACGUUCGACGCAUCCAUGCCGCCAGUGGCAAACAAGCCAACAAGCAAAAUUCCAAAAUGUUAGUUUCUCAGAAAGAUGUAGCCAUUACGCAGUUUGGUUUCGUAGGAUUUGUGGCGUUGAGCUAUCAAAUGCUAGGGAUCCGCUAUGACGAAGCAGGAAUGGAAGGUUUUGUUCAUUUCUGGAGAACUAUUGGCUACAUGUUGGGGCUUGAGGAUCGGUUCAACAUUUGCACGGAAGACCUGACCAGCUCGAAGCAGCGCAUGACGCUGGUGCUGGAGCAAAUUCUGCGACCGGCUCUGCAGACCGUCAGCACGGAGUUUGUCCAGAUGACGAACGCCAUGAUCGAUGGGCUGUGGUGCGUCAACACGUUUCUGGACUACAACGCGUUCAUGUUUCUGACCCGACGGUUGGCGGGCGUUCCCGGCCAUUACUACUGGAAGGAUGAGCCGACGAACGAUGGCAGCACGCAACCCGCCUACGAGAAGAUGGGUUGGCACAGCAGAUACAUCUUGUGCAUGAUCCUGUACAUAAACGAGGUGCUGCUGUACGUUCCCAUCAUUCGGUGGUAUUUUAAUAUUUUGUUCACCGUCAAUGCGUACUUUAUCGAUAAAUAUUUCCCGUACUUGGCUAUGAUUAAGUUUGGAAUUAAGAAUGCGUUCGUCAGAGUUGUGUAUUAAGUGUAUUAGUGUUUUAAUGUUUAAAUGGUGCUAAUUCAAUGACACAUUGUGACUUUUAACUAUUUUAUGACAAAUAAAUAAAAUCCCAA